AUGCAGAGCUUUUUCCUGGCUCUGUGCUCAGGGAUGCGCCCUGAUGUGCUCGGGACUGGGAAAAGGCUGAGCCCAGCCUUUGGGAAGGUAACAAAAUGUCAGUUUUCUGGUGGAAGGCGAAAGAAAUUGAAGUUGGCUGGGGACCAGAGGAAUGCUUGCUACCCUCAUAGUCUUCAGUUUUAUUUGCGGCCACCUUCUGAAAACAUCUCCUUAAUAGAAUUUGAAACCUUGGCUAUUGACAGAGUUAAAUUGCUAAAAACAGUUGAAAAUCUUGGUGUGAGCUAUUUGAAAGGAACUGAGCAAUACCAGAGUAAAUUGGAGACUGAAAUUCGGAAGCUCAAGUUUUCCUAUAGAGAAAAUUUGGAAGAAUAUGAACCAAGAAGAAGGGACCAUAUUUCUCACUUUAUUUUGCGCCUUGCUUAUUGCCAGUCUGAAGAUCUUAGACGCUGGUUCAUUCAACAAGAAAUGGAUCUCCUUCGAUUUCGAUUCAGUAUUUUACCAAAGGAAAAAAUUCAAGAUUUCUUAAAUGAUAGUCAUUUGCAGUUUGAAGCUAUAAAUGAUGAAGAGAAGAACCUUCAUGAACAGGAUAUUAUUGCUUCUUCACCCUGUUUGAGUGGAGCCAAGUUAGAGUUGGAGUCUGUUUAUAAGAUCCCCUUUGCUGAUGCUUUGGAUUUAUUUCGAGGAAGGAAAGUCUAUUUGGAAGAUGGCUUUGCUUAUGUGCCACUUAAGGACAUUGUGGCAAUCAUCCUUAAUGAAUUUAGAUCCAAACUGUCCAAGGCUUUGGCAUUAACAGCCAGAUCCUUGCCUGCUGUGCAGUCUGAUGAGAGACUUCAGCCUCUGCUUAACCACCUCAGUAAUUCCUAUACUGGUCAAGAUUACAGCGCACAGGGAAAUGUUGGAAAGAUUUCUUUAGAUCAGAUUGACUCGCUUUCUGCCAAAUCCUUUCCACCUUGCAUGCGCCAGUUACAUAAAGCCUUGCGGGAAAACCACCAUCUCCGUCAUGGUGGCAGAAUGCAAUAUGGUCUCUUCUUGAAGGGCAUAGGUUUAACAUUGGAGCAAGCAUUGCAAUUCUGGAAGCAAGAAUUUACCAGAGGAAAGAUGGAUCCAGAUAAGUUUGAUAAAGGCUAUUCUUAUAAUAUUCGCCAUAGCUUUGGAAAAGAAGGGAAGAGGACUGACUAUACACCUUUCAGUUGUCUGAAGAUUAUUCUAACCAAUCCACCAAGCCAUGGGGAUUAUCAUGGGUGCCCAUUCCGUCAUAGUGAUCCAGAGCUGCUGCGGCAGAAACUGCUGUCAUACAAGAUCUCUCCUGGAGGGAUAAACCAGAUUCUGGAUUUAGUAAAAGGAACACAUUACCAGGUAGCUUGUCAGAAGUACUUUGAGAUGAUACAUAACGUUGAUGAUUGUGGCUUUUCUUUGAGUCAUCCUAAUCAAUUCUUUUUUGAGAGCCAGCGGAUUUUAAAUGGUGGCAAAGACAUCAAGAAGGAAUCUAUUCAACCAAAGACUCCUCAACACAAAGCAAGUGUUCAGAAAACCAAGGAAGCAUUAUCUUCACAGGCCUCUUUAAAUUCCUCUCUGGAAAUGGAUAUUGAGGGACUGGAGAGUUACUUCAGUGACUGAUUUUUAGUAAUCCUUUUUACUCACUAACUUUCAUCAACUUUUUAAGACUUGGCUUGGCUUGUUUUGUUUUGUUUUGUUUUGGAGAGCAUACCUGGUAGUGUGCAAUGGUUAAUUCUGGUUCUCUGCACUCAAAUCAUUGCUGGCAGUUCUCUGGGAAACAUCGGAUGCCAAGAAUCAAACCCAGAUGUGCCACAUGGUUGUACUACCACACUGACCCUAGAUUUGGCUUUUUAAUGCCUUUUUAUUAAUUUUCCCUCCACCUCAUUCCAUUUCUGUGUGCUCGUACUUCUUAGGCUUGUAG